AUGGCCGAUGAGUCUCUCGACGUGAACGACUACAACGGCGGCCCCCUGGUGGGCACGUGCAUCGCCUUCCUCGCCCUGUCCUGGCUGGCCGUCGGGCUGAGGACGUACACGAGGGCCGUGGUGAUCAAGGGCAUGCAGGAGGAUGACUGGCUCAUGCUCGUGGCCCAGGUGAUUUUCACGCUCUCGUGUGCGUUCGUCUUUGCCGGUGUCCAGGAUGGCAUGGGGAGGCAUAACGCCGCCAUUGCGGACGACGACAAGAAGAUCUCGGCUCUCAUGUGGCAAGCAUUGGCCACCGUCACAUAUGUCAUCAACAUGAUGUUCAUCAAGCUCAGCAUCGGCAUCUUCCUCCUGCGCGUCUCCGCCCGCAAGGUCUACAACUACAUCAUCUGCAUCAGCCUCGCCAUCAUCGCCAUCUGGAGCCUCGCCAUCUUCUUCUACGACAUCUUCCAGUGCAGCCCCGUGCAGAAGCAGUGGGACUUUCGCAUCCAGGGCGGCACGUGCGCGUCGCCGGACGACAUCAUUGCUGCGGCGUAUGCCAUCAGUGUCAUGACGAUUGCGUCUGACUGGUUAUAUGCGCUUCUUCCUAUCCCAAUGCUGUGGUCGGUCAAGAUGACGAGCCAGGCCAAAGCAACCGUCAUUCUGAUUCUCGGUCUGGGCAUCUUUGCCAGUAUCGCCACCAUCAUCAGAAUCAAAUACCUCAGCACACUGCAAGACACUGAUGACUUGCUCUUCUCGGCAACAGCAGUCAUGAUAUGGACCAUCAUCGAACCCGGCGUCGCCAUCGUCGCCUCCAGCCUCGCCACCAUCCGCCCCCUCCUGCGCGCCAUGAAGAUUCACGGCUUCGAAUCAACAGGCCGCACACACAGCGCCCCUUCCGCCCACGCGAGAUACAACGCCGCCGAAGACAACAGACCCGUGCCUAACAAGCGCACCAGCGGCCGAGGAGGAGCCUACGGGCCCAACGAUUUCUCUCUGAAGCACGUCGAGCCCGUCUACGACGACGACAACAACAACAACACGGCAACUUCACACCCGUUGACGAGGACGACGAGGACGAAUGUCGGCUUGACCAUUGAUCACGACAUGCAUUAUUCUCACCACGUCGGCAGGGCCAUCACAACGGCCGAGAGGUUGGACAACCGACGACAUCAGCAAGGGCAGCAGCAGCGUGCCGACGAAGGCAAGGAGUAUUCUCCCUCGCGCAGCGUCAUCACAGAGGCUACCAAUUCUUCGUCCUUUGACGAGAUCCACAACCUCGAGGCCCAGAGCCAAGAGACGGGAUACUUUGGAUACGGUCCCGGCGAGAGGAGACGCUAG